GUUUAGAGGAGGGGACAGUGUAAAGACGUGAUAAAUGUGGAGUUUCAUGGUCUCCCUUGACAAAUCAUCAAUGGCCAGGAACCUUUAGCAGACACACUCUGCUGCUCCCCACCCACAGACAUUUUACAGAAGUCAAAAGUUUCCUUUUUCCAUUUAACAGCCAAACAGCGGGCCUUAUUUAUUUCACUUUAUUCUAACACAGGCCUUCAGUAGCAGCUAAGAGAGGCUAUACAAUAAGAGAGCAAGAGGCAUUUUUAGUUUUGCAUUGAGCUAGAGGAAAUUUUGAAACAUUGUGCAAUGGUGCCGCAAAAGUUUUGAAAGGUUGUGAGAGUGUUUUGCCAGCAGAGCAUCUGAGAGUCGGACUGUUGGAGAAGACGUCUCCAUGUUGCAUCCGUACAGAAUGGAGAGCUACCUCAUCCCGCCUCACUCAGAAGAGAUGUACGAUCCUGAGAUCUACAGACAUCAAAUUGCAGAAUAUUAUAAUCCAUAUGUCCUAGAUACAGAUAUCCAGGCAGAAAUGUUUGUUGUUUCUCACCUUCUCUAUUUAGAUCACUGGGAUUACCACGCUCACCCGCAUGUCCACCCAGUUGAGUUUGAAAACCUCCAAGAGAACAACUUCACAGAGCUGCAGAGUGUGCAGACUCUCCACCCGCCCGGCCUCAUCCGGCACGAGGCCAUACGAUAUGAGACUGAAAGCUUGCUCGAUCCAAACCUCGGGGGCCAUCCACAUGUGUUACAACAACCAGUCACGUUCUUCCCUCGGACUGUGUAUCCUCCUCAUGUGUCCCAGCGCAGUUCUGAUGAUGAGGAGCAUGGAGGACGAAGUCCCCCGCUGGAGGUUUCUGAUGAAGAGUGUCUGAGAGAUCGAGCCACUUAUGUCACAGCAGACCUAGGAAAUAAAAAGAAGAUUCGUCUGUACCAGUUCCUGUUGGACCUUUUAAGGAACGGCGAUAUGAAGGACAGUAUCUGGUGGAUGGACAGAGACAAAGGGACAUUCCAGUUUUCUUCCAAACACAAGGAGGCCCUCGCAAACCGCUGGGGAAUUCAGAAGGGAAACCGCAAGAAAAUGACCUAUCAGAAGAUGGCGCGUGCCUUGCGCAACUAUGGCAAAACAGGAGAGGUGAAAAAGAUAAAGAAGAAGCUGACGUACCAGUUCAGUGAUGAGGUCCUGGGCAAGAGUCAUCUGGAGAGAAAACCAUUCGUGUAGGUCAGAGCAGGUGCUGAAGUGAAGAUAUUUACACAUGUCAAGUGUUGACAACGGAGGCGAUUCUGUUUUUUAAUGUUUAAUGAGCCUGUUCAAUCAGGUAUCUAUCUUAUAUGAGAAUAGUAUGACUGCCGUUGUACAGUUAGGUCAGUCCUCUAAAGGUAAAACAUAAAUCAGCAUUAACAUAUUAAAUAAGUGGCAGAGUCUUCAUGCCCUAUCAAUGGUUGUACAGAUAUUCGCAAAUAAAUACUCUGGGAUUUGUGAAUUUUGUUCCUCCCUUAGGUUUCUCCUGAGAUAAGGUUAACUCUGCUCAGUAUCAGAUUGGAGCCACAAGCUGCUCUAUAGCGCAACAAUUUCAUAGUGGCCAAAGUUGGAACUGCAAGUCAAGUAAAGUUCACAUUCAGAUCGUAAAUUAAUAAUGAUUGUGAUUUGAGUUGUGAAACUUCCAUGCUAAGUUUUAAUAUCUGGAUAAACAUUCAUCUUUGUUCAUUUUACCAGGUCUGGUUGUAAUAUGUGUUUGACCCCUCCACUCGUUUUAAAAUGUUUUCCUUUUUUUUUUUGUUAGGCUUUUUUAAAUUUAACCUUAAAAGAGAGUCAUUUGCAAUUUGGAGGUACUUUAACUGCCAAAAUAUUUAAAUGGAUUUCCCUCUUGUGUGAAUACAGUAAAUAUUAACUUAGCUUAGCAUUAAGACUGGAAACAGAGAGGAACAGCUUGCCCUGCUCUUACUAUAGUUCAUUAAAUCAGUGUUCCAGCAACUCUUAAGCUAGCUGAGAAACACUUUCACAUUUUUUCUUUAAUAUAUGAAAAAUGCAAAUAGAAAAAAGAAAAAGUUUGCAGUUUUCAGGGGAAACAUUUGCUGAACUACUUCUGGUCCUGGAGCAGUGACUUCCUGGAGUUUGUCCCCACUGUGAGGUUUGAAGUACCUAUAGCAACGACUUUUCUAACUUUACAUUAGACUUUUACAAUAAAACAUGGUCUGAAUCUUCUCAUCCAACCCUAAGCAAGCUAAUAACUAUUCCUUUAACUUCUAUUAUUGAGAAUAAAGCAAAAGGGGAAAUGAGAGUGAGAUAUUUGAGUUAUGUGUAGACCCUGGAUCACUAUCAUUAAGUACACAGUGACUGAUUCAAACCAGUGUAUAUUGUUUGUGUUCACGUUUUCAGAGUUAACAUACACGCAUGUAGUCUUAUGACCUCUUGUCGUUCUCAGAGACUAUAUGGUUUGAACUUCACUUCUGUCCCACUGUGUCUGAUGCUCUUGUUCCAGACAUGCUUUAGUUCUCUUUAAUUGUGGGUAAUAGUGCUUACUGUACAUAUGUUGCGAUUAAAUAUUUAUAACAGGGUGGAGACACAGAGAGGCCUUUAGGGAGAUCAUUGGAAUUAUUUACAUGACAUGAAAAAUUCUGUACAUACAUGAAACUCUCUGUUGUGAUUGAUAAUUGCUUGUAAAUAAAUAAAUUGUUCAUGAAUGUA